GAACCCGGGGUGCAGCGGUGACAUUCAUUUCUCAUACGGUGUCUGUCACAAUUAUAUGCAAAUAAAAACCUAUGCAAAUUAGGUGAUAUCGUCAUUGAGCGACUUCUAGGACCGCCAAUAGCUACUUUGCUUACUGAGGAGUUGGCUAACAUUGUCUUCGUCAGCUAAAGAAUUUUUGGUCCUGGAAGGAAGUCAGGUUUCAGUGAAAUUGGGAAGCAGAGGACAGAGAAACCUGUGGUUUGAGAGGCACUCAUGGCGUUAGAGUUGUACUUGGACCUGCACUCUCAGCCCUGCCGCUCAGUUUAUAUGUUCGCCAAGAAGAACAACAUUCCCUUUGAGUUCAAGAAGAUUUCUCUGCUGGACGGCGAGCAGUAUGGAGAAGAGUUUGGGAAGAUCACCCUGAUCAGACAAGUCCCUGCUCUUCGAGAUGGAGACUUCUGCCUGGCUGAAAGCAUUGCCAUCCUGCUGUAUCUGGCAGAGAAGUUUAAAACGGCAGACUUCUGGUACCCAGCCGACCUUCAGCAGCGCGCUCGCAUUAAUGAGUAUCUGUCAUGGCAGCACACGGGCAUCCGUCUCCAUGGUUCUAAAGUGUUCUGGCUCCAGCUUUUGCUUCCCAAGCUUCUGGGUGUGGAAGUCCCGCAGGACAAGCUGGACGCAGCCUUGGAGGACCUGGACAGCUCCCUGAAACUCAUCGAAGAAAAGUUCAUCCAGGACAAACCCUUCAUUGCAGGAGAUCACAUCUCAUUGGCUGACCUGGUUGCCAUUGCAGAGGUCAUGCAGCCUGUGGGCUCUGGGCUGGAUGUGUUUGAGGGGAGACCCAAGCUGAGUGCGUGGCGUGACAGAGUCCAAGCUGCUAUUGGAAAGGAGCUCUUCGAUGAAGCACACCAGAUGAUCCUAGGAGGUGUGCCAGUGAUGGAUGUCAGCAAGAUGCAGGUCUUGAAGUCCAAGAUCAUCAGGCUUUUCCUGUGAAGAAGAGAACACUGGUUCAGCCUGAACUAGCUUAGUGAAGUUUUCUGUAACACUUCUCUGUAUGAAUCAGGUAUCAAUAGAAUACUGACUGGUUUUUACUAACACUCAAAUGAAAACCAGAUGAUGAAAACAAGUUACAUCUGAGUACUUUAGAUAAAAAUGUAUUUUUGUAAAUAAAGGGUACAUAUAGGUACUGGAAGGUACUACUAGGAAACAAAACAAGUUUGGAGAAAAUGGGUCUAACAACUUGCUGUGUAGUUAGAGUAAAAAAAAAAA